AAAUGGCUCACAGUGACAUUAAACUUGACAAUUUAAUGUUAGUUGAUCACACGUCUACGCCCUUCAAAGUGAAAUUAAUUGAUUUUGGGCUUACUCGUUUCACAUCAGAUUUAUAUGAAUCAGUUAAAUUACAGGCUCUAGGUUACAGAGCCCCUGAAGUCUUCCUGGGAUUGUUACCGAAUGAGGCUGUGGACAUAUGGGGACUUGGUAUCUCUUUAGGGGAGCUUUAUCUUGGGCAGAUGAUGCUUUCAGGUAUAAAUGAACUCGAGAUUUUAAGUUCAAUUGUUAAUCUCCUCGGUCAGCCAGACAAAUUUGUACUUGACAGAGCCUGCAGAGCCACACAUUACUUUACACUUUACGAGACAGACUCUGAAAUUACCUGGAAAAUUAAGCCAGUGAGAAUAUACCAACGAAAGUCUGGUGAGAGGAAAGAAACAAAUAGCAAGUUAAAAUC